CACCGCAGUGGUUGCUGGGCUACGGCGGAGUACGGGCAGAGUCUGGAGGUGCUGAUCUGGCCUGCUAAGUGGGGGCGCCACACACCCCCGCCCCUGGACCCAUGGCGGCGGCCGCGGCUCCGGGGGGUCGGGCUGGGGGCUCGGGCUGGACCUGGAGGCCAGUGGCAUGCGAUGCGCUUCUGGCUCGGGCCUUUCAUUCAAGCACUGAACUGGGAGGGCGAUUCUAUCUGGUGGGAGGGCUCCUAGCUGGUGGAGCGACAGCUCCCAGCAGUGACACGGUGCUCUUCGACCCGGCGGGGGCCCAGGCUGUGCGCUUGGGAGCCCAAGGCAGUGCCCCGCGCAGUCACCACGACGCAGCUCCCGUGGACGGCCGCUGGCUCUGCAUCGUGGGCGGCUGGGACGGGUCGCGGCGCCUGGCCGCUGUGGCCGCGCUAGACACGGAGCGUGGAGCGUGGGAGGAGUGGAAAGCGGCCCCUGGCAACUGUCCCCCUGCUGGCCUCAGCAGUCACACGUGCACUCGGCUCUCAGACCGGGAGCUGCUGGUUGCCGGCCGAGAGGGUGGGGUCCGCACUCAGCGACGCUAUGGAAACAUCUACGCGUUAAAGCUGGACCCUGGCGCCCGCACCUACUGCUACAAGGAAGAAGGCUGCCGCACAUCCUCUCGCUCGGGUCACUCUGCUGCCCUGAUCCAAACUCCUGGGCCCCACCCAGGACAUCAGCUUUUGCUGUUUGGGGGGUGCAAUUCAGCUGAACCAGAAGUAGCUGGGCAGUGGAGUCAUGGGAAGAUUAAGGAGCAGCCACCUGUUGCCCCUCACUUGACAGAACAGCUUGCAAGGCUUGUAAGCAGUGGAAAGGGGGCUCGACAGGGGCCCCGUGGACUGCGGCAUCACUCCUGUUCUGUGGUGGGGCCCUUUGUUGUGCUAUUUGGUGGAGAAAGUCUGACCAGAGCUAGAGACACCAUCUGCAAUGACCUCUACAUCUAUGACACCCGCAAGUCUCCUUCUCUGUGGUUCCACUUCCCUUCUGCAGACCGGGGGCUGAAACGUGUGGGCCAUCGCACCUGCCUCUGGAAUGAUCAGCUUUACCUGCUUGGGGGCUUCGGUGAGGACGGCAGGACAGCGAGCCCACAGGGCAAACAACAGGAAUUAUAUAAGGAUUUCGGGCCUUUCCUCCCCUAUCUGGAAUGUAAGGUAAGGGGAAGUAAAAGCGAUGACAUUUUUAAGCCUAGCCUAGACACAAAAGUGGUUCCUUUCUCAAACACAGUUGUUUAUAAAUUUUAAUAUUCACAAGAAUCACCUUAGCUGCUUAUAUUUAAAAUGUCACUUAUAGCAGUCCCAAAGCACUAUGGCAGUGGGUCCAAGGAAGUCGUAUGAUACACUAAUACAAGAGGAAGUUGUACUAUAAGCUAAUUCUUCAAGUGAUUUUGAAGUAGGUAUCCAUGGACCACACUGCUCGAACUCCUUACCCAACUCAACUACAUCAACGAGCCCAUGAAGAAGGGUAGGGCAAGCAAUUCCUCAUCUAAGCAGCUGGACUUAGUAUAGUGCAAAUGGCACAGGCUACUAUCUUCAACAUGAGUUUCUACCCAGACUCUCCAUCAUAUUUCCUAAAUCCCUGGCCUCCCCUCCUUCAUUAUUCCUUGGUUGCCCAAAAUUUCUACUCAGGAUUCUUGCUC